GUUAUGAGCGCAAUGUGAAGAAAGGAAAAUAUCCUGAUGCAAGGCCGGUUUGGGCCGCAAAUGACUCUUGUACAUAUCAUCUGUAUAGUAAGCGAGACUAUUGGAAAGAGAAAGCUUCAAAGGGAUUUGGGGCUUUCGCAAGCUGAUUAAUGGAAUAAUAUGAAUCUUGACUCGUUAUCAUUUGCCUUGGCAGAAAUAAGCUAUUCAGUAUCCAAUUUAACAAAGAAGAAUUUCAAAUCGAGCGUUGGAGAAAUAAGUCAUCUUGUCCUGCAACACGGAGCUGAAGCAGAUAGGCAUUUGUUUCGGUGCCUUUUCUCUCAUGUAGACUUCAGCGGUGAUGGUAGAAGCAGUGGAAAAGACUUUCACCAGACACAGUUUUUGAUACAGGAGUUUGGUUCUUUGCUGAGCAAACCAAAUUUUGUGUCAACAUUGUGUUACGCCAUUGAUAAUCCAUUACACCAUCAAAAGUGUUUACGUCCAUCGGUGCACCUCUUCCCACAAAUUAGUCGGGUCCUGAAGCUGACCCGUGUACAAGAAGUAGUGUUUGGAUUAGCAUUGAUAAACUCUUCAAGUGCUGAGACUCGUCCUCUUGCCAUACAGUUUGUCAAACAGAAACUGCCUGAUCUCAUUAGAUCUUAUGUUGAUGCAGUAGACUCAGGAUUGCGUCAGGAAGGCGGCCUGCAGGACGUGGACGUUGAAAUACUCCACCUUCUGCUUAACCAAAUCCAGAACAACAAGGACAACUUUGGACUUGGUGCGGAACAAAGGGAGGCUUUCUAUAGAACACUUAGAAAAGAUUUUCCACAUAACCGUGUUCCGGUCAUAUUGGGACCAUUGCUCUACCCAGAGUCUGAGGACAUAGCAAUACCAAAGCUCUCGGAUACUACAAACAUGCCGAAAUCUGUGCUUGAUGCAUCACUGGCAGACAUGGUUCUGGAGGCUGGGUACAGCUGUACCAUGAGUGUUGAAGAAUGCCGUGGGAAGCUCCUUCAGUUUGGUAUCAGGGAGAUAACUCCGGCAUCUGUUGCCAAAGUGUUGGGAAUGAUGGCAAGAACACCAUCUGGGUUGUCAGAAUCGGGUCACAACCAGGCCCAGAUGAAUGCUGCACCUGGCAGUGGCUGGCCAGAUAUGGGAGAAAAGGCAGACAAGCCCGGUGUGAACACCUGGAAUGUUGAAGUGUUUGUCAGUGUAAUUCAGGAUCUGGCACCUCACUUCAACUGGAGAGAUGUAGUACUACAACUUGAUCACUCAGGGUUCAUGGUGGUCAACAAAAAAGGACUACGUCUUCUGGUGCAGGGACUGAUACGAGGACUCCAGGAAGUAUUUCCUGUUGAGUUUGUAUAUCGACCAUGGAAGAACACAGAGGGACAGUUGUCAUUCAUCAAACAAGCAUUGCGUAACCCAGAUGUGUUUUGCUUCGGUGACUACCCUUGUCACACAGUGGUCAUAGACAUCUUGAAAGCUGCUCCAGACGAUGAAAACCGCGACAUUGGAACAUGGAAAUCACUGGACCUUGUGGAAACUUUACUGCGACUGUCUGAGGCAGGAUAUUACCAGCAGGUGUCAGAACUCUUCAAGUUCCCUAUUCAGAAUUGUCCAGACAUGCUAGUUCUGGCUCUGCUUCAAAUUACACCUACAUGGAACACACUCAAACAGGAGCUGAUAUCUACACUUAUGCCCAUCUUCUUAGGAAAUCAUCCAAACUCAGCUGUUGUUCUUCAUUAUGCUUGGCAUUGUCAGGGUCACUCCAGCACAAUCCGAACCCUGAUCAUGCAUUCAAUGGCAGAGUGGUACAUGCGUGGAGAACAACAUGAUCAGACACGACUCUCAAGGAUACUGGAUGUUGCACAAGAUCUCAAGGCCCUUUCUAUGCUGUUGAAUGCAACACCAUUUGCCUUUGUUAUUGACCUUGCAUGUUUGGCUUCACGUCGUGAAUAUCUGAAGUUGGACAAGUGGCUGUCAGACAAAAUCAGAGAACAUGGGGAGCCAUUCAUACAGACAUCGGUGAACUUCUUGAAGCGACGGUGUCCACAGUUAAUGGGUGGUCCAGCCAAAGAUGAACAACUACCACAAGCAAAGAGCCAGAUGUUACCAACAGAUACUAUAGCCACUAUGUUGUCCUGCCUGCAGAUCUGUGCAAGCCAAGUGUCCCAAGAAUUAUCCGAGGCCAUUAUGACUAUGGUUACCAAUGCUAGUAUGAUCCUGAACAAAGCCAGACCAGCUCCACCUGUACCGAAAACCAACCUUCAGCCCACUCUACUUAACCAACCAACCACACAGUCAAACCUGCUGGACAACUUGGACAAUGCCAAUACAUUAGGAAUUCCUAAAUCAUGGGGCAUGUCGGGUGUUAACUCGGGUUUCCCCCAAAACCUCACUUCUCUCAGCACCACAGCUACACCUGGAUCUCCGGCGAAGGCAGCUGGUUUCCAACCAAUCUCACAACCAAGUGGUUUUGGAGCCAUGCAGAACAUCACAAACCAGCUUCAAAGUCUGUCUAUGUCUAAUCCCAUGGGAGUACCGCCCAGGAAUCCGGGUGUAAACACCUUGGGGAGUAUAAGUUCCCAGGCUGUGAUCAAACAACAACAGCAACAACAGGUACAGCAGCAGCAGCAGCAGCAGCAACAACAACAGCAGCAGCAGCAGCAGCAGCAACAACAACAACAGCAACAACAACUACGUGCAGGAGGGAUGUCAGCACAGGUUAGUGGCGAGAUGUCCACUAUAUUCCCAGACAUGUCACAGCAAUUCACACGGGAGGUUGAGGAUGAGGCGAACUCAUAUUUCCAAAGGAUUUACAAUCAGCAUCCUCACCCAACAAUGUCUAUUGAUGAGGUCCUUGACAUGCUGAAAAGAUUCAAGGACUCGCCAAAUAGGAGGGAGAAGGAUGUGUAUGAGUGUAUGCUACGUAAUUUAUUUGAGGAGUACAGAUUCUUCCCCCAGUAUCCUGAGAGAGAGCUUCAUAUCACAGCUGUUUUAUUUGGAGGGAUCAUUGAAAAGGGACUAGCUACCUACAUGGCACUUGGCAUUGCCUUACGGUAUGUGCUGGAGGCUUUGAAGAAACAGCUCAAUUCUAAAAUGUAUUACUUUGGAAUUGCUGCAUUGGAUCGCUUCAAAACAAGAUUGAAGGACUAUCCACAGUACUGUCAACAUCUUGCUGCCAUUCCUCACUUCCAGCAGUUUCCACAACAUCUUAUUGAGUUUGUGGAAUAUGGGGCCAGAUCACAAGAACCUCCAGUUCCUUCCAUAUCACGAACUUUAACCCCAACAGCAGUUGGUGGGGUAUCUUUUACAGGAACUGCACCGACAGUAACCCCUACACCAACCAGUACUGCAGUGACAAGUGUUGAAGUACCAAUGGCACCAACACUAACCCAAGCACCUGCUCCAGCCCCUACGCCUGCUGCUGUUACCACAACAACCACAGCUACAACAACAGUGGUUACCACGGGCACCACAAAACCAAGCAGCUUGCCCAAGCCGUCCAUUGCGAGUGCUACCAACAUCGACACCCUGUUGGCUGGUCAGGGUAAUGAGGAGUCUUCAAUACCUCCCGAGUCCAUUCAGGACAAAGUUUUCUUCAUCUUUAACAAUCUCUCAAUGGCCAACAUGAACCAGAAGGCAGAAGAGUUAAGGAAGGAGAUCACAGAGGAUUACUAUGCCUGGUCAGCUCAGUACCUGGUGAUGAAGAGAGCAAGCAUUGAACCAAACUUCCAUACCCUGUAUGCCAACUUCUUAGAUGCACUGCAGAUUCCUGAUAUCACUCAAAUGGUCAUUAGGGAAACAUUCAGGAACAUCAAGGUGUUGUUGAGAAGUGACAAAGGUGAUGCCAACUUCUCUGACAGAACUCUGCUCAAGAACCUUGGUCAUUGGCUUGGCAUGUUAACAUUGGCAAAGAACAAACCCAUUCUGCAGAUAGACAUAGAUCUGAAGGCUCUGCUGUAUGAGGCCUACCACAAAGGAGCCAGGGAACUGCUCUAUGUUGUACCCUUCACAGCCAAGGUGCUGGAAUCGUGUGCCAAAAGCAAGGUGUUCAGGCCACCAAAUCCCUGGACUAUUGGUAUAAUGAAUGUACUAGCAGAACUCCACCAGGAGCCAGAUCUGAAGCUCAACCUCAAGUUUGAGAUAGAAGUGCUAUGUAAAACAUUGACACUGGAUCUUAAUGAGCUGAAUCCUAGUACAUACCUGAAGGACACAUCCCGAAUAUCUACAACAGAGCCCCAGCUGUCUAACAUGGUUAAGAACCUGCCUCCACCACCCAUGCCCACACCACAGCCUGAGCAACCUUUGGUGCAGCUCACGGCUCCCGUCCCAACUCCCCCAGUAUCUACAACAACUGUCGCCUCUACAGUCACUACGACAACACCCAAUAUGCCACCCAGGCCACAGUUUGCUUUUGACGAAAUUGUGACAGCAAAUCUGAACAGUAUUGGAGCUCACAUUGUGACAAGUGACCAGAUUCCGUUGUUUCAAGGAAACCCUAAUCUUAAGCAGCUAGUGAAGAUAGCAUUAGAAAAGUCCAUCCAGGAACUUCUGCCCCCUGUGGUAGAACGUACCAUCAAAAUCACACUUCAGACCUGUGAACAGAUCAUCAAAAAGGACUUUGCCCUUGACCCUGAGGAGAACCGCAUGCGUGCAGCAGCCCACCACAUGGUACGCAAUAUGACAGCUGGUCUGGCUCUAAUCACAUCACGUGAACCCCUCUACCUCAGCAUCAACAACAACCUCAAGAGUGCCUUCAUGGCAACGCUUAGGGUCAAUGAGGGUGCUACACCAGCACAGAAGGAGAUGAUUGAACAGGCUGCCCAACUUGUGGCACAGGAAAACACAGAACUAGCCUGUGUGUUCAUACAAAAGACAGCAGUGGAGAAGGCAAUACCGGAGAUAGAUAAACGUCUGGCUACCGAAUUUGAUCUCCGCAAACAUGCAAGGUCUGAGGGUCGAAGGUACUGUGACCCAGUCAUCCUGACCUACCAGGCUGAACGCAUGCCAGAACAAAUCCGACUCAAGGUUGGUGGGGUGACUGCAGGACAGAUUGCUGUGUAUGAGGAAUUUGCCCAGAACAUCCCAGGAUUUCAGCCUACAAGUGACCCAUCACUUCCUCCAGGAGUUCCAAAACCAGUAGCUACCUAUUCUAUUGAUGACUUGACCCAGAUUCUAGAUCGUAUCAGACGAGACAUGGAGCAAUAUAUGCAACAGUUGAUGGGAAUCCCCACCAGUAACCCGUUGAUGGUCCAGCUUCACAGCCUGCUGGAGGCCGUUCUCCUAGCUCGCAACAAUAGGGAGAUUGUCACCUCAAUUGCCCUUCUACAGAAGGCAGUGGAAGGUUUGCUGGACCACUGCACAUAUUCUCAAUUGCCCAGUGAUCAAGACCUAUUAGUGCGCUUCAGGGACUGCAACUUGAUGGUGCUGAAGAGUUUACAGGACCAGAGGGCCUAUGGACCCCAGUGGACCAACAAACAGGUUACCAGAUGUCUGAUUGAGGUGGGAGGAGACAACAAAUACAAUGCAGAUGCAGUAGACUGUCUUAUACGUUCUGGGCUGGUCAACAUGCAGCAGUAUGACCUGUACCUGGUCCAACUCAUGGAGAAUGGACUGAACUAUCUUGGAGUCAUGUUUGCCAUGCAACUAGUGCAACGCUAUUGUGUAGACGAUAAGGCCAAUAGCCCAGUCACAGAGGUUGACUUUGCCAACACUAUUGAGGCCCUGACACAGGUGAACUCACGUAACCAGAGGCCUCCUGAAGGGCUGGCCCAGAUGUUGGAAGGCCUACACCCCCCAGUAGAUUUUAGUCUUUUAGAGCGUGCCAUAGGAGGCCCGACCUCUAUGAUGCAGUCAGGAAUAUCACAGGCCAGAGAAUUAGAUGACCCACCCGGGCUCCAUGAAAAGACAGAGUUCCUGUUGCGUGAGUGGGUGAACAUGUAUCACUCGCCUGCUGCUGGUCGUGAUAGUACUAAGGCUUUUACAGCAUUUGUACAACAGAUGCAUCAGCAAGGAAUCCUCAAGACAGAUGAUCUCAUCACACGCUUCUUCCGUUUAUGUACGGAGAUGUGUGUUGACCUGUGUUAUCGUGCUCUGGGUGAACAGUCACAGAACCCUGCUCUAGUCCGCGCCAAGUGCUUUCAUACACUCGAUGCAUUUGUCAGACUUAUUGCCCUGCUCAUCAAACACUCAGGUGACACAGCCAACACAGUCACAAAGAUCAACCUUCUCAACAAGGUAUUGGGUAUUGUGGCUGGGGUACUACUGCAGGACCAUGCUGUCCGUCACUCAGAUUUCCAGCAGCUGCCCUAUCAUCGCAUCUUCAUUAUGCUCUUCAUUGAGCUGAAUGCUCCAGAACACAUACUCGAGAACAUCAAUUUCCAAGUGCUCACAGCUUUCUGCAACACAUUCCACGUGCUAAGGCCAGCCAAGGCUCCUGGGUUUGCUUAUGCCUGGCUGGAGCUUCUCUCACACCGUGUGUUUAUUGGGCGAUUGCUGGCCCUCACACCCCAACAAAAGGGCUGGGGAAUGUAUGCACAGUUGUUACUCGACUUGUUCAAGUUCUUGACCCCGUUCUUACGCAAUGCUGAACUGACGAAGCCAACUCAACUCCUUUACAAGGGUACAUUGCGAGUCCUGUUAGUGCUACUCCAUGACUUUCCAGAGUUCUUAUGCGACUACCAUUAUGCCUUCUGUGAUGUCAUACCACCCAACUGUAUUCAGAUGCGCAAUCUCAUUCUGAGUGCAUUCCCACGCAAUAUGCGAUUACCUGACCCAUUCACACCCAAUCUCAAGGUGGAUAUGUUGGCUGACAUCGCACAUCCUCCCCGAAUACUUACCAACUUUGCCAAGAUGAUUGAGCCAGCGUCCUUUAAAAAGGACUUGGACUCCUACCUUAAAACAAGGUCACCUGUUACCUUCCUGUCAGACCUCCGCAGUAAUUUACAGCUGAAUGAACCAGGGAUGCGGUACAACAUCCCACUUAUGAAUGCACUGGUACUGUAUGUGGGGACCCAGUCUAUCCAACAUAUCCAUAGCAAGGGUCUCACUCCAAGUAUGUCCACAAUUGCACACUCUGCUCACAUGGACAUCUUCCAGAACCUGGGUGUUGAUCUUGACACAGAGGGUCGGUACCUUUUCCUGACGUCCAUCUCUAACCAGCUGCGAUAUCCCAACAGCCAUACUUACUACUUCAGCUGUACAUUACUCUACCUGUUUGCCGAGGCCAACACAGAGGCCAUACAGGAACAGAUCACAAGGGUGCUACUUGAGCGAUUGAUCGUUAACAGGCCUCAUCCAUGGGGGUUACUCAUCACAUUCAUUGAGCUCAUCAAAAAUCCACAGUUCAAAUUCUGGAAUCAUGAGUUUGUGCAUUGUGCUCCAGAGAUUGAAAAGUUAUUUGAGUCGGUCGCCCGGUCAUGUAUGCAGCCUAAAACUGGACAGACUUUGAGAGAGACCGAAACAAACGAAAUUCACUGAUCUCCAUGGUGUUGAAGGAACAAUACAUUUUUUCCAGCCAAUAGUUUAUUUUUGAAACAAGACAGCUUAUCAUUAUUAAAUCAGAUCAUGUGAUUUUGUUACAAGAAUAUUCAAGAGGAAAUCUUCAAAAUAAUGUGUGAAAAUUACAUGACGAUUUUUGCCAAGGCAAAUUACAAUGUGUUCGUAUGGCCGAGACAGACAUUUGUAUGGUGAUGUUUCAGUGGAAACAAGGUGCAACACUGAAUGACCAUUGUUAUAAAUAAUGUGUGUAGAUUUUGUGAGUUAUGUAUAGAUGGCAAAGUUCUAAGAAGACUGUUUGUUUUCAUUCCUGUGAAUCAGGAACUUGGAAUUAUUGUCUCCUGGAAUAAAACUUUAUUGCUUGCA